UGAAAUCUCCCUGUCCCAUAAAGAGAAAUAUGAUAAUAAUAAUAAUAAUAAUAAUCACUUACACUCAAUUUCACUUUUUUGAAUAAUCACAAUUAACAUGACACCAUUCCAUUUCAACGUGUUUCCGUUAUUCUUCAUUCUAUCCAUCACCAUUGUUACACAUAUCGAUGCUGCUGAACCUUUUCCCCUUCACGACGUUCCUCAUCUCAAUCGUAGCAGUUUCCCGCCAGAUUUCGUUUUUGGAACAGCCUCUUCUGCAUUUCAGUAUGAAGGUGCAGCAUUUGAAGAUGGAAAAGGACCUAGCAUUUGGGAUACUUUCGCUCAUAAAUAUCCAGAAAAAAUUACAGAUGGAAGUACUGGAGAUGUUGCUGAUGAUUCGUAUAAUCGGUACUCGGAUGAUAUCAGAAUCAUGAAGUGUAUGAAUAUGGAUGCUUAUAGAUUCUCCAUUUCAUGGUCUAGAGUGCUACCAAAAGGAAAGCUUAGUGGAGGUGUAAAUAGUGAAGGGAUUAAUUACUAUAACAACCUCAUCGAUGAACUAUUGGCUAAUGGUCUCCAACCAUAUGUGACCAUUUUUCACUGGGACGUUCCACAAGCCUUAGAGGAUGAGUAUGGCGGUUUUUUAAGCCGUCACAUUGUAGAUGAUUUUAGGGACUAUGCUGAACUUUGCUUCAAGAAAUUUGGUGAUAGAGUGAAACGUUGGAUUACUUUGAAUGAACCAAGAAGUGUGAGUAAGAAUGGCUAUGCAAACGGAAGGUUUGCACCAGGGCGAUGCUCAGACUGGUUGAAAAUGAAUUGCACAGGAGGUGAUUCGGGGACAGAACCGUAUUUGACUUCGCACUACCAACUUCUUGCUCAUGCUGCUGCUGCAAAACUGUACAAGACCAAGUAUCAGGCAUCUCAAAAGGGUUUACUAGGGAUUACCUUAAACUCUGAUUGGUUUGUGCCUGUGUCUAAAGAGAAAGCAGAUCGUGAUGCGGCACAACGAGCCCUCGACUUCAUGUUUGGAUGGUACAUGGAGCCACUCACCAAAGGUGAGUAUCCAAAAAGCAUGCAAUCCAUGGUGGGAAAACGGCUACCGAAGUUCUCCGAAAAAGAAUCAGAGCAACUUAAGGGGUCCUUCGAUUUUCUAGGCCUAAACUAUUAUUCAUCCUUUUAUGCUGCUAAUGCACCUCACCUACGGGGGGCUGAACCAGCCCAACAAACUGAUGCUCUUGUUAAUGUUACAAAUCAGCAUGAUGGAAAGCUCCUUGGUCCAAUGGCUGCUUCCAGCUGGUUGUGCAUUUAUCCACGAGGGUUUCGAGAACUAUUGCUUUUCAUAAAGAAACAGUACAACAACCCUGUAAUUUACAUUACUGAAAAUGGUUAUGAUGAGUUCAACGAUCCAACUCUAUCACUUGAAGAAUCCCUUAUAGAUACUUACAGGAUUGAUUACUUUUAUCGUCAUCUUUAUUAUCUUCAAACCGCAAUCAAAAGGGAUGGUGUGAAUGUAAAGGGAUAUUUUGCAUGGUCAUUGUUGGAUAACAUGGAAUGGGACUCUGGCUACACGGUGCGAUUCGGACUCGUCUUUGUGGAUUUUAAAAAUGACUUGAAAAGAUAUCCAAAACUCUCGGCGCAUUGGUUCAAGAAAUUCCUCAAAAAAUCUUAGGACUUGUAUAUUUUCAGCACAAGGAAAAGUUAUCUGUUUUAAUGAAUUUCAGAUUAGAAGAAAAUGAUAUGAAAUUCACUCUUACAUAGAGUUUUUUUUAAAUAAAAGAGUUGUUAAUAAAAGAAUUCAGAUUUAGUAAAGCACUUUUUAUUUAUCCUCUUUUACCAUUUGUAUUUAUAAUUUAAAUUCUUUUUAUGAUAUUUUGUAACUGAAUAGUGCAUAUCUCAGUUAAGUUAUAUAUUUUGGAGCUACAUGAUUUUAACUGAUAUUGAUAUGAUAUUGAUAUUACUCUUAAGUGAAAAACUGUCACUUUCCUUUACUAAUCUAGUAUUAAUGUAACAAGGUAAGUUAUAAAUCUUAAAAAAUCUUUUACUUGAUCUGUUUUAUAUAUAAAUCAUUUAAUGCCAAAUGUAAACAGUAAAUUGCACUCAUCUCCUUUCAAACAUAUUCUCAUUUUCACAUAAAAUUUUAAUUUUAAUUUUUUAUUUACAACAAGACGAACGGAGAACAGAGAGGAAACUAUAUUAUUUAGAACAAUUUGCUCUCUGAAUUUGUAUGAGUGUAUCAAUCUGAUCUUCUACAUUAUUAGUAUUCUAAAAUGUUUAAUCAGAAUCAGAAUUUGAUAAGGGCAUGGCAUUGAAUGCCUAUCGAAGUCUCUUCAACUUUGGUGUCUUGACUCUUAUUAUAAUGGCCGCGGCUGUUACUCCUACUACACUUGUUGACCGGACAUCUCUUAAUCGAAGCAGUUUUCCGGCAGGUUUCAUUUUUGGUACUGCCUCCUCCUCCUAUCAGUAUGAAGGUGCUGCAAAUGAAGGGGGUAGAGGACAAAGUACAUGGGAUAACUUUACUCAUAAAUAUCCAG